AUGCAUCCCGCACUGUUGCCCUUAGUGCUGGCGACGUCCGCGCUGGCCUCGGUGCCGCUGGUCGACUUUGACCGCAUGGGCACCGUCGGCCUGGCGGGCGCUUUCGCCGGCCUCGGCAUCUUCGACAACUCGUCCUCUCUUUCAUUCGACCCCGACACCUCUUCCCUCCUCGCACGCGACGACUCGGGCGCCCUCACCAAGCUCGGCUCCACCAAUGCCGGCGGCUCCAUCCUCGCCACAUGCGUCCUUGGCGACACCGUCUACGUCGCAGGCUCCUUCUCCUCCAUCAAUGGCACAUCCGCAUCCAACAUCGCCACCUACUCCUCCGGCGCCUUCUCUGCGCUCGCAUCGAGCGGGUCGGACGGGCCCGUGCACGCAUUAUACUGCGACUCGUCGAACAACAAGGUCUGGGCGGGCGGCAAGUUCACGAUCCCCGGCUCGGCCGUCGCCGUGUACGACACCAAGGCCAAGUCCUGGUCCGCCGCACCGUUUGGCGGUCUGACGGGCGCGGCGGCCGAGGUGCUGUCCAUCACGACCAACUCGUCGAGCGACUCGCUCUUCUUUUCCGGCUCGUUCGUUACCGAUUUCGUCGGAAACGGCACAGCGAUCAACGGCACGAACAAUCCAAACGUCCCCUUCUCCUCGGGCGCCUCGCCCUUUUCCUCGUCCCUCGUCCCCAUCCCGCUCCAGAACGCGUCCAUCCAGGGUUCUCCAUCAAGUUCGGAUGCGGACUUUAGCAAUAUCGAGAAUAUACUGUGUCCGGCUGGUGCGGACGGCGCAGGCAACACUUGGCUUGCGGCAGAUGGCAACACGGCCGUCAUCACCGCCCGCGCGUUCCAGUCCCUUUCCGCAUCUGGCGUCCGUUUGGGCAACACGUUUGCCGAGGACAGGAGCACGACCGCGUUCAGCGUCACCACAAUCCCGGACAAUGCCGUGCGCACUCUCACAUACCUCGACCCGGCAACGCAGCAGAACAAGACCUGCACGGAUGCCUGCCCACUUGGGACAGACUCGUCUGUUCUGUACCAGGACUUCGUCUUUGCCGACGGUCAGCUCGGCAUCACCGGUGUCCAGGUCAAGCUCAGUCAAUGGACGGGUGCCGGCCCCGGUCUGCACAUUUUCCAGUUGCUGUCGUCAGGCGCGUUCGCGUCCGCAGUCGCCUCCCAGAAUGGCGCCUCGUGUUUCGCGCCUGCUGCAUCCAACACAAGUCACACCGGCACGUGGACCGAAGUGCAGGCGAACACCAACAUCGCCGGUACCACUGUCACCGCACUCGUCGCGGAUGUCGCAGUUGGCACACCAGCAAGCCAAGCACCGACCGUCACCUGGCAGCCGUACGUCUCCGCUAGCGGAGAGUACGAUAUCAAUCUGCUUGUCCCCGGAUGCACCGAGUUCCAGAACUGUGCUGCUCGCACGAGCGUGAGCGUGUCCGUCUUCGCCAUCGCGGGUUCGGACCCUACUGUGACGACCGUCGACGAGACCAACACCGACGACGCGGUUGUGAAGAUCUAUUCCGGCCCUGUUGUGCCCAGCUCGGACGACUUCACCGUCACCGUCACUCUCGGCCUCGCAAGCAAUCCUACGGGUAACGGCGACGACGGCAACUACCAGCUUGUCGCAGACCGCGUGCAGCUCGUACUCACGAACGCGAACGUCACCGGUUCGAGUGGCAACGGUAUCAGCUCAGCGAGCGGCACUCGUGGUAGCUUCGGCUUCUUCGAGUGGCCGAUCUCGAGCAGCUCGAACGUGAACGCCGAGGGCACGCUGCCCAACAACACUGAGACUGCGGCAGACGCGCUCGGCAUAUCGCUCUUCACUGCGCUCGGUGGCAACUCGUCGCUCUCAGCUUCGACGACCGAUGUCGUUAGUGCCGUUGCACACCACAGCAGCGGCGCCAUCAUCGUCGGCGGCGCGUUCACCCUCACUUCGCCCGCUACAACCCACAUCGCGCUCUUCAAGAACGGUGCGCUGUCUGCGCUCGCCAACUCUGGGUUGAACGGCAACGUUUCGUCCCUCGCUCUCACCGGUGACACCUUGUUUGUCGGCGGCGCGUUCAGCGAUACCAAGGAUGGCAGUACCUCCGGCAAACUUGCCGGUGUAGCCAAGUACGAUGUCGCAUCCAACGCAUGGUCGGAUCUUGCCGGUGGCCUCGGCUCCGGUGCAUUCGUCUCGUCGCUCCUCAUCGACUCGGAUGGCGCCCUCCUCGUGGCCGGUUCGUUUUCGGGUCAGGGUACGGACGGUUUCGCGAAAUGGAACGUUAGCUCUGGCUCGUGGGUCGGCACGGGUGGCUUUGUCAACGGUGCCCUCUCCCUCGUCGCCAAUGGAACGAGCGACUCGCAGCUUGUUGCGGGAAGUGUCAGCCAGAGCCUGCAAUUCGGAGCGAGCGGGUUUGCGACGAUCAAGAACGGCGCGAAUGGCGCCCCGACCAUCACGCCUCUCGGUGCAACUCUUGACGCAUCCACUUCGUCGAGCACGGCCACCACGAAUAGCUCGACCACGCGCCGCCGCGUACACUCAUCCCGGCGCGUCGGACCGAGCGCCUGGGUCCCACACGUCCCUAUGCCUUCUCUGACCAACCUCUUCGCGCGCCAAUCCUCAUCCUCCGCAUCUCUCCCUGCGCUCCCCGCCGACGCGGCGGUCUCCGGCCCCGCAGUCCUUGCCGGUGCAUUCUACACCAACAGCUCGAACAGCCGCCAGCUCAUCGUGCUAGGCGGAAACUUCACAAGCGGGUCGGCACAGAACAUCGGGUUGUACGAUCAGGAUGCGGGCAGCGUUACGCAAUUGAACGGCGCGCAACCUAAUGGAGUUGUUCGGGCGCUACUUGUGCAUGGCGAUCAGCUGUUCGUUGGUGGACAGUUCACCCUCGCGCUCGACGGCGGCAAUGCGGACGGAUUCGCUGUCUAUGACCUGGCCAAGGGCGCCUGGGUUUUGGGCUUGCAAACGUUGACAGCCUCGAGCGGCGGAAGCGUUGUCGUCAGGAGUAUCACGGGCAGUAACGCGAAGAGCAACGCCGUUUUCGUCGCGGGUAGCUUCGCCGGUACCUCCGGCGGUCUGAGCUGUGUGGGCAUCUGCGAGAUCGCGGCGGAUACCAAGCAAUGGACUGCUCUUGGUGGCGGGAUCCAGGGUGAAGUCGGUGCGGUGGAUUACUCAGGUAACGACCAGCAAUUCCUCGUUGCGGCUGGCAGCCUUGCGCUCUCCGGCUCGUCUACGCCCGCAUAUGUUCUCCAGUUCGCCAUCGACAACAGUACCUGGACUGCGCUCGGCAACUCGGACUCGCUCGCUGGACCCGUGACGGCAGUUGCAGUCAACGACCUGAACACCACCUCGAUCUUUGCCGCUGGCCGCUCUUCAUCCGCGGACACAUCCUACCUAAGCUUCUACGACGGUUCAUCCUGGACAUCGGUCGCAUCAACGCUCGGUGCGAGCAACAUCUCGCAGCUGAGCAUGGUCCCGCUCCAGGACGGCCACAGCGCGAACUCGAUCCUCCAAGAUGAUCGCAUGCUCAUGCUCAGUGGGACGCUCGACGACUCCAGCUUUGGCCAGGCCAGUAUGGCGCUCUUCGAUGGCGCAAGUCUCAUUCCCUUCAUGAGCACCGCUGGCGCGGGUGGCUCGCAGGGCUCGAUGGCCGGCCUCUUCCACUCGCAGAGCACGUUCUCGUUCAGCCUGCGCCAUCUCCUCGCGACGGGUAUUGUCAUCCUUAUCUCGAUCGCCAUCGCCGCGGGAGUCGUGUUCCUCCUCGUCCUCGCCGGUGUCCUCUGGACACUGUUCGCGCGUCGCGAUGAUGCCCUCGGCGCGAAAUACGCAGAGGAAGACGAUGCGUCAGACCGCGAUAGUGCAGGCGCACAACACCGCCCGAGCAGCUUACUUGCACACAUCAACGCCGCAACACGUGGUACGAUUGUUGGCGCGCUCGGCGCGGAGAAGAUGCGCGGGGGCGAAGAGCACGAGAUGUCACCCACGACGUACGGUGGAAUGAGUGGGACGGCAUACGGCGAGCCAGAUGGGAGCAAUUACCUGAGGGCAGAGACGCCGAACGAUGCGAUGGCGGGGUUGGGGAUGGGCGAGGAUGAGCCUGGUAGGGCAGCACAUGCCAGGUAUAGCUUUGAUGGGGCUGGAGAGGGCGAGUUGCCACUGAGUGUGGGCCAGGAGUUGGAGGUUCUGGAUGAUAGGGAUCAUUCAUGGUGGUACGCACGCGACAUACGCACUGGACAAGAGGGUGUCGUUCCCGCUGCAUACCUGUACUAA